AUAGUUGACUAAAUUACGUCCAAACAACAAUACAACACUUGCUAAAAAAAUAGAAAACCAAACGACAUUGUACCAUCGACCUAUGCCUAUUUCCAACUCAUCUUGAACUGCUAUUCACCUAAGAAACAAAAUCCUAAGGAGAGAGUGGACAGAACAAAAAGCAGCGCCAUACAAAUAGGAGAAACAAAAGAAGCCAAAAAUUCCCAUUUCAAUGGCUUCUUCCUUGGCUUUGCCUUCAACUUCAACAAAAAGCUCUUCUCUCUGUCAAAGCUUCGUCCCUAAAAGGACCCAUCAGCCUAGCUUUGUUAGUUGUGAAAGAAGUGAACCAGUGAAUGGGAAGCCUCGCGUGCCAAUUAUCAAUGAUGGAACACUUCCAAAGUUCUUGCAAGCAAAACGCCUAGAGAAUGCAGUUAGUAGAAACAAUAGCAGGCUGAAGAUAUUCACUGGAACUGCAAAUCCUUCUCUUUCUCAGGAAAUUGCUUGGUACAUGGGCUUUGAUCUGGGAAAGGUCAACAUAAAGCGCUUUGCUGAUGGUGAAAUUUAUGUCCAGUUGCAAGAGAGUGUUCGAGGCUGUGAUGUCUACUUGAUUCAAUCCACAUGUCCUCCGGCCAAUGAAAACCUUAUGGAGCUUUUGGUAAUGAUAGAUGCAUGCAGAAGGGCUUCUGCCAAGACCAUUACUGCCGUGAUUCCAUACUUUGGAUAUGCCAGAGCUGAUAGAAAGUUACAGACACAAGGUCGUGAAUCCAUUGGCGCCAAAUUGGUUGCGAACCUUAUAACUGAAGCAGGUGCAGAUCGUGUUCUAGCUUGUGAUCUGCACUCCGGGCAAUCAAUGGGUUACUUUGACAUUCCGGUGGACCAUGUGUACUGUCAGCCGGUUGUCCUUGAUUACCUUGCUAGCAAGAAGAUUUCUUCCAAUGAUUUGGUAGUGGUCUCUCCUGAUGUUGGCGGUGUUGCUAGAGCACGUGCCUUUGCAAAAAAGUUAUCUGAUGCACCAUUAGCCAUUGUGGACAAAAGGCGGCAAGGACAUAAUGUCGCCGAGGUUAUGAACCUGAUAGGUGAUGUUAAAGGAAAAGUUGCAGUUAUGGUGGAUGACAUGAUUGACACAGCAGGGACUAUUGCCAAAGGCGCAGCGCUUUUGCAUCAGGAGGGCGCACGCGAAGUUUAUGCAUGCUGUACGCAUGCUGUUUUUAGCCCCCCUGCGAUCGAGAGGUUGUCAAGUGGCCUUUUUCAAGAGGUCAUCGUCACAAACACAAUUCCUGCCAUGGAGAAAAACUAUUUCCCACAGCUGACUGUUCUCUCAGUCGCAAAUCUUCUCGGUGAAACAAUUUGGCGAGUGCAUGAUGAUUGCUCUGUGAGUAGCAUUUUCCAAUAGGCAGGAGAGAUGGUGGCAACCCCUCAAGCCAGGUUGUCGGAGUUUUCAUUUAGCUUCUGCAUGUUAUUUGUUUUCCUUUUUUUAUUUUUCAAAUCAUCUCCCUCUUUUCACUCUUCCAUCAAUUAGACGCCUCCAUUGGCAUGAAUUUCCUUUACCCUUGUCCAUCUUUAGAGGUGACUGACAUGCUAAGCGAGUGAACAAAUUCUUCUCUUGUUCCAUGCUUGUUUUUCGUUGUAGCCAAGCCAGAGUAAGUUCUACAGUUUUAGAAUAUUUUGGUCUUGUUAAGUUAGAUAGUUGGAAGGAUAGGAAGAUGGAAACGUCAUGUUCUUACUUUCAAGAUAGGAUUGAUCCAUGUUCUGACAUCUCAUGACUAUCAAGCCAUAGUAUUAAUCCAGAAAAUACUGCUCCGA